GGCGACCACCGACUACCAUGUAGUCUCUUCGUGUACUGCAGUCGGUGAGUAUAUGCGGUCGGUUCGUUAAGGUCGACCUGUUCACGUGUUGUGUUGUCACUGAUAUUCGACGAGUUUUUUGUUAAUAACUUUAAAAAUAAUUUUUUUUGUUGCCCGUCAAUGUGAUUUAUAACAAAUAUUGUUGAUUGAUCGACCACCACCUUAUUUACUUGUGGAUAUGUGAAAAAUAUACUAUUGUAUCGACAAACAUUUUGUGAUAUUCGAAUAAAUAUUGAACAUUUUCAACAUGAAAAUACAGUUUGCAGUUGGUACAUUUAUUUGGCUGGUGUCUUGGACGACUGCCAUAGACAUUUCUAUGGAUGACCUGAAUCAUCCUUAUAAUACAAUAAAUGAAAGCUCCGUAACAGCAACCACACCAGAAGAUAAUUUGGCAACAAUAGCUAUACCAGAUGUUGAUUCAAUGAACGAAACAGUUAUAUUAAGGACGAAAAUGAAUUUAAUAUGCGAAGACAAUUUUUUUGUUUAUGGUACUAUGAUGGUGCACUGUUAUAGAGACGUACAUUGUAGAACAUAUGAAGAUUGUUGUAAAGACAGUAUUUAUUAUAAAAAAUCGGUCUCUGUUAGUCGUUUUGGAUGUCAUAAAGUGCCUGAUGUUGAUAUGGUAUUGAAGACCAUUGGACAGUGUCCCCCAAUAGCCUACGAGACUCCGCGGCAGCGAGAAAACAGAAAUAAAUGUGAAAAAUCCCAAAAUUAUGAAGAAAAAUCGACUGUCAGACUUUAUCCGGUGACUAGUCUUGCCACCAAUUUAACGUAUAAGAACGCGUAUUGUGCCCUAUGCAACGGCGAAACAAAUGUAAUUUACUGGAAGCCAGUAUUUCGAUGUUUUACCCCUAAACUCCCUGAACGAAUCUUGCGCCUUGAAAAUGCCUCUGAUUCGAACUUGUUGUAUCGUAAUGGUCAAUGGUACCAUGCAGAUUACGAUAAUAAAGUAAUUUACGAGUGUACGAUUCAACUCAUGACCGACUUGCCAGUAGUGCCAUUAAGACGAUGUGCAUCAGAUGGUGUUCUUGUGAAUGAUUGUCCCAAUGGAGAUGACCAUUUGACCGAUUCGUGUCGGUCGUCGGCCAAUGAAGUGUAUGAAGUAAGUCACCAAACUCAAACUGGAAGGACGUUCAGAAACUUAGAUUGCGCUUUGUGCAAUAACGUGUCGGUGUCCGACUUGUUAUGUGUAUCUGUACCAGUAUUAACGAGUCCCAUCCCAAGUAUUCAACAGCUUUUUCGAGUGAAACAGCUUCCAUGUAAUCCGGAUGAAAUUUAUGACGUGAUAGCUGCCAGGUGCCGAAACAUAAUACGAGAAUCGGGUGCUUGUUCCAUGUCAUUUUUUUUAACUCGUGGCGAAUAUGACAGUUCGUCGUUUGAGAAUGGAACAGUCUACGCUUACGUUUACAAAAAACGACUUGAAUACGUUACUAAUAAUGGAUCUAGUAUCAAAGUGUGUGUGGAUAGUUUGGAAGUUCUCCGUUAUGAAGAGCCAAUAUCCGCUUAUUAUUUGUCAUACAUAAGUUUGUUUGGAUCUUCGAUAUCAGUAAUGGCAUUGUUAGCGCAUCUGAUUUUGUUCACUAUUAAUUCUGAGCCUAAGAACUUACCUGAAAAAAAUUUAGCGAGCUUGUGCUUCAGUUUAUUAAUAGGAUAUUGUUGUUCUCUAUCGUCUUUUAGUGCAACUAAAGUGGGUGGUUUACCUUGUAUCCUUUUAGCUCUUACUAUGCACUUUGGAUUUUUGGCAUCUUUCGCUUGGAUGUCCGUUAUGGCCAUCGACGUAUGGAUAGUGCUUUACGCAUCUACUAAAAAACUACGGUUAGUAGGAGGCAAACGAAACAAGCGGUUUAUUUUGUAUUCAGCCUUUGCUUGGUUGACACCAGCUGCCUUUACUGCAAGUGCCGCCUCUUUGCAGUGGUCUGUUGCACUUGCUCAAAUCGCUCCUGAACUUAAACCCAACUUUCAACAUACUUGUUGGUUUAGGAAUCCACAAUCGUUGGUUGCGCUGUUCAUAAUACCUGCCGGUGCAACUAUUGUCACUAAUUACAUCACAUUUAUAGGCGCCGUCAAAUUGAUCGCUACAAGUUCAAAUGGCUCAUCGUUAACAUCUAAUUCAGCAGUGAAUCGAUCCAGAAAGAACAUGAAAAUCUAUUCUCGAUUAUCACUUAUGAUGGGACUUGCAUGGAUUAUAGGCCUAGUUGGCGCUUUGACAGACAAUGAUAUUAUUUGGGCGAUUUACGCAGUGCUUAAUUCGCUUCAGGGGGCCUUUAUUUUUUUGGCAUUCGAUUACAGCUACAAAGUUUUUCGAAUAUUAUUUCCCAAACUUCCUAAUUCUGACACUCAAUCAACAGGAAUUACACCUUUAAGCACCUCUACUUAAAAAGUUUUAAUAUUUCACAUAAAAAAAAAAAAUCAAUUAAAAAUGACUUUAUUAUCUAAAAUUAAAACGAAAUUAAUAGUUGAAUUAAUAAUUGAACACAUGAUACUAUCGUUUAAAAAUAUUUGAACAAAUAACCGUUUAUUAAUUUGUAAGUUUCAAAAUUUAGUUUUUUUCUUUAAAAUAAUUUCAUUUAUAAGUGAAUUUGUAAUUAAUUGUGGUCUCUGGUUAUAAAUAUUAUUUAGUUGUUAUACGUUAUCUCGAUGUUAUUUUUGUUACUUUUUUCUUAUAUACAUUUUUAAUAAAAAAAAAUUUUGUUUAUUAUUUUAUAAUUGUGAGAAUUAAUGUAGUAAAUAUAUAUACUAUGUAUACAGUAUUUUAUACUUUUGUGACUAUUAUUGGUUAGACAUUUUAAUUAUUACACCAUCAUACUUUA